AUGGCAUCAACAGAAGCAACACCUCGUUAUCGAAAUUUUUCAAAUAAUAUGCCAUCGUCAAUGAAUCCAAAAGUUCAUACAUCAACAUCACUAAUUGCCGUUGAAAAGGAGUCUGAACCGAAUCCUGAAGAUCAAUGUUUUAUGUGUCGUCAAGCAAAUGUCUAUGUUAAACCUAUUGGUAUGAGUCAAGAACGUCGUGUAGCCCGUCGUCAUCCACCACCAUUAUCACGUGCACAAAUAGAUGUGUUAAGUCAAAAAAAGAAUUUAACAAAACUAGAAGUAAGAAAAUUAUUACAAUGUUAUUUUCCAGAAAUAAAACAUGUGAAAUAUUUUCAACUACAUAAAUUUCAUUCAUGUUGCUAUGAUCCAAAACAUUUGAAUCUAUGUAAAAAUCAUAUAACUGCAUUACAACAUGAACGUGGACAAAAUCCUGGUGGUCAUCAUCACCAUCAUGAUGACGACAAUCUUUAUAAAGAUCGUGAAAGAGAUGGUGACGCAAAAGAUAGAGUUAGUUUUGUUCGAAUCAAGAUUGAACCAACUAAAGGUAUACCAACAAGGUUUCUUGCGCCAGCAGCUCUACCAGAAUCUCUUGCUGAGAUGCUUCUCAACCAAGUUAAUCGUUUAGAAAACAAAAAAGUACCACCAUCGUUGACAAAAAAUCGUACGAUUUUACCUUAUAAUGUGAGACGAAUAAAUAUGACUCAUGGCUCUGAUGACGACGACGACGACGACGAUGGCGACGAUGAUGAUGAUGAGGAAGACGAUACUGAAGAUGAUGGUGAUUAUAAUGAUAAUCAAAGAACACAAGUUCAAGGUAAAGUUAUGGCAGAUUCGAGUACACACUUUGGAAAUAAUAGACAAGAAAAACUAAAAUUAGAGAGAAAACUACCAAAUGGCGAUUUAGAAGUUGAAAAUUUAGAUGAAUUGAAUAGUUUAUACAUUAAUCAUCAACGUCCAACAAAUUUCAAUGGCAAGCCACAACUUUUUUCGAAACCAUUAAGGAAGAAAAAAAGAAAGGCAGGUACAAAUAACAAUGGAAAUCGUAAAUCAAAAUUAAAACAUUGGGAAUUAUUAGCAUUAGAACAAGCAAAACAAGAAACAUGUAACUGUCGACAUCAUGUUACGACUGUUGAAGAUGAUCAUACCCAUUUUGAUUGGUGUCGAUGCAAAGAUCAUCAGCAUAAAGAAGUAAUGGAAAGACGUAAAUCAUUUGUAGCUACCCCAGUACAACCAACACCCCUACCACCACCACCUCCAAAAGAGCCAGUAACACCUCCAGCGCCAAAAAGACGUCCAAAACCUCGUAAAAUACAUACGAAAUCGGUUGGUAUCGAUGCAGCAGAACCUUCAUCGGCUGAAAUCGCUCUAGCUUAUGAUCCAACGGCAGUCGAUUAUGAUAUGAUACAAGAAGCAAUCUAUUAUAGAACAUCAUCAGGAAGAUUGAUCAAACCUCAAACAACGAAUGCUUUCACCUAUGAAGGUAUACCUUCAUCCAUGAUGAUCAAUAAUCAAGACUCAAUGCCCAAUCAAUCUGAAGUUUUAUAUAUGACAUCUGAUGGUAAACUGCAACCAUUCGAAAAUGGCGGAAGAAAUCAAAGAAAUCCAAAGACCAUUGUUCUAUCGAAACCAGGUUCAUUAUAUAAUGGUCAAGCAUCGAUCGAUGCUCAACAUUCAUCAACAAAUAAUGCAGCUUCAAAUACUUUACCUGUAUUAAAAUUUCCUGCAAUAGUAAAUUCUACAACACAGCAUGCGAAUAACAACUAUGGUAAAGGAUAUCAACCGACAGAAUUUACUUUAGCUAAAUUUUCUCCUGAUAAAACUGUACGUUCUCCUGAUGGUCAAGGAAGAUUAAGAGCGAUUUCAAUGUCAACACAAAGAAGUACAAAACCGACUUUCAGUAAUCAGGAUGCAACACCUGAUUUUGGACGUGAUUCCAGUACUGUUGCUAAUCGUCGUUGGUUUGAUCAACCGCUUGGCGAUCAGAAUUUACGUCCUGUAAAAGAUGGUCAAUAUGGUUUAAUUGCGGGCACAUCAACGGAUUCCUAUCAAACUAAAUCUGAAUUAGCUGAAGCUAAUCUUAAUAAUAAUAAUAAUAUAAGAUCAAACGCAUCAGUAAAUACAUGA